GGAUAGAAACAGAAGCUGAUGAUAGCACAGUUCACGAAGGGCAGGAGCUUGAAGUGCAAAGGCUCAGCGGAGCGUGCGCAUGAUUAAUCGAUUAUCAAAAUAAUCGGUCAUUUGUCCGCCGAUCAUCCGAUCGAUUAAUCGUCGGCGCUCUGGAAUUGUUCGGUAGAUAAAAAAAAACAACGAGGAGAAACAGAGUUUGUCGUCAAAUUUCCAUUUCACGGAAAAUUACCAAAAAAAUCGUGACGUCAGCGAACGGGAUACUGGGAGAGCCGGAAGAGCCGCGGUGAGAGAGAGCGAGCGAGCCAGCAGAUCCCAGUAACGCAACUGGUUCUCCAUCAAAAGCCCGAGCCGGGAGCGGACUUCAGCCACCGGGCCGACUUUCAAAAGACCAAGCGAAAAACCCGCUUUAGACUCCGGGGCCACCUUUGUCGUAGACGUUUGUGUGGCAGAGGCUCACUAAAGAUGUGGAAAGCAGCAGCAGGACAGUCAGUCAAGGUGGCUGUGGAUGACGGAGGGGACGACUGGGAGACUGACCCCGACUUUGAGAACGACGUAUCGGAGAAGGAGCAGCGCUGGGGGGCCAAGACGGUGGCCGGCUCGGGACAUCAGGAGCACAUAGAUAUCAACCGGCUGCGCGAGACGGUGUCGACGGAGCACACCAGCCUGAAGCAGAAGGAGCUGGAGACCAUGCCCAAGGCCUCGCAUGGGUACGGAGGGAAGUUCGGAGUGCAGCAGGACCGCAUGGACAAGUCCGCCGUGGGUCAUGACUACCAAAGCAAGUUGUCCAAGCACUGCUCCCAGACGGAUACGUCCAAGGGCUUCGGAGGCAAGUUUGGAGUGCAAGCUGACCGCGUCGACCAGUCUGCAGUCGGGUUCGAGUAUGCCGGGAAGACGGAGAAACAUGCUUCGCAGAAAGACUACACCACUGGGUUUGGGGGGCGAUACGGAGUGCAGGCAGAUCGUGUCGACCAGAGCGCAGUGGGCUUCGAUUACCAGGGCAAAACCGAGAAACACGAGUCCCAGAAAGAUUACACCAAGGGCUUUGGAGGCAAGUUCGGCGUGGAGACCGACAAGGUGGACAAAAGCGCCGUGGGCUUCGAGUACCAGGGCAAAACAGAGAGGCACGAGUCGCAGAAAGACUAUGUGAAGGGCUUUGGGGGCAAGUUCGGCGUGCAGACGGACAGACAGGAUAAAUCGGCACUGGGAUGGGACCACCAGGAGAAACUGCAGCUCCACGAGUCUCAGAAAGACUAUAAGCGUGGGUUUGGAGGGCGGUAUGGGGUAGAGGUGGAGAGGCAGGACCAGUGUGCCCUGGGCUAUGAACACAAGGAGGGCCUGGCCAAGCACGAGUCCCAGAAAGAUUAUUCUAAAGGGUUUGGAGGGAAAUUUGGUGUCCAGAAUGAUCGGAUGGAUAAGAGCGCGGGGACGUUUGAGGAUGUGGAGAAGCCCAGCUCGUCCUACCAGAAAACCAAACCCGUGGAGGCUGCUGGCAGCAGCACGGGAAGCAUCAAGGCCCGCUUCGAGAACAUCGCCAAGCAGAAGGAGGAGGAGGACAGGAAGAGGGCCGAGGAGGAGCGAGCGCGUCGACAGGCCAAGGAGAAGCAGGAGCAGGAGGAGGCGCGCCGUAAAAUCGAAGAGACGCCCAAGGCCCCGUCUCCAGCCCCUGCUGCAAGUCCCAGUCCCAGUCCAAGCCCGACACCACCUGUCCAGCCAGAUCCAGCACCGGCAUACCACAGCGCAGAAGAAGUGUCCCGUGACGCCGCUGAGGAGAACGGAGAGCAGCUGUAUGAGGCAGAGCCGCAGAACCAGUACACGCAGCAGGAGGAUCUCUACCAGGCCCCCGAGGAGACGGCAGCAGGAGACGGCCAGGAGUACGAGUACGGCGAGGACCUCGGGGUGACAGCGGUGGCCCUGUACGACUACCAAGCAGCCGGCGACGACGAGAUCUCCUUCGACCCCGACGACAUCAUCACCAACAUCGAGAUGAUCGACGAGGGCUGGUGGCGAGGCGUGUGCAGAGGCGCCUACGGCCUCUUCCCGGCCAACUACGUGGAGGUUCGGCAAUGAUGACGUCUGCCCCCGUCCCCCCCGCCCGCCAAGAUGACCAGUCUCCCUGUUCUUGUGCAAAAAAAAAAGAGGAAGGAGACAGUUUCACAUCCCCUUUCCUUUUUCACAACUUGGGUCUUUUCUCUCUUCACCUCAUCUUAGUGCUUCCACACCGUCUGAGACAUCCUCAGGUUCCUAUCUGGCUUUCUUUUGCCCCCCCCCCUUUCCAUUUCCACAUCACUUUGUUUCUCCCUGUGCAGCGGUAGACAGGGAGGAAGAGUUAUCCUAGAAUGACUCAAUACUAAGACAACAUAUAGAACUCAUUAUCUGGGCUUAAAGAAGGCACAAGGCUUUGCUCUGCACCUCCGCUGUGGAAUAGUUAAAGCUACAGGAUGCAACUCGGGCUGUCGACUGUCGGCUUCUUCGGGGCCCGAGAGAACUUCACAAUUUACCUCCCGCCUCACAGCCGGCAGAUGCAUUUAGCAGCUUUAAGUAUCCCCCCCCCCACAUACCGUAUUAGAGUUCAGGUGUUGUUGAUUCUUCACGCGUUAGAGAGGAAUUUGCGUCUCACCAAAGAUCAGAGUAACGACAGAAAUGAGCUUGUGCACGAGGCUCAGGGUGCUCGCGGUCUAGUAGCUCAACCUCCGUAAUCAGGAGCUGUUUAAAGUGAGGAAUCCUCCACUUCGGAUUAUUAUGUAUAUUGAUGGCUAUAUACUGUCCGGUGCAUUGACUGUGGACCAAAAAGCUGAAACCCCCCUCUGCUUCUCGGUCUGUCUGUGUACAGUUUGCUGUGUUGCACGGGAGUUAAAAUUCCCCUCCAGACCGAAGCCACGCUUGUCGAUUCCUGAUGGGAAACGUUCGGAGCUCGGCGUCGUACGGACACACACUCCUUUUUUCUGAACGCCCGCAUCAGUCGCAGGGUUGAUUUAUAAAUGACCAGGAGGCUUCCUCCUCUACCGAUGUUUCAGCUGUUCUGCAGACUCACGGGGGCCGAUCGUGUCAAAGACUCCACCUUUACUCUGGCGAAUUACAAGCGAAACAAAAACACUAAAGCGCAUAGUAUUUUACUCCUCCUCAUACAUUAUACAGAUGAAUUACUGAAACCAUGCUUAGGAUCAUGUACAGAGAGAUCAAGAGUUAUGAUGCUUUGGGAAAUAAUAGAUUUGAAGCAUAUUUUUGUUCCCUGUCCCUGUGUUGUUCUUUGGUUGUGGACGAGACUCGUGUAUUUUGUUGCGUCGUAAUGUGUCGAGGUGCACCCCGCGAGGCGUGGCGACGACGGCGGCGGCUCUGGAGCACGAGGCGACGUCCCGCAUCGCGAACGGACGGUGUCUGCCGGCCUCGGGAGCGAGUGACCUUUUUAAAACGGGUGCAGAAAUGAAUCGGGCUGUCGUUGAGGGAAGAGGCUUUGGUGUAUUCUCCAGACACUAAUUAUUUCUAACAGACUCGUCGUCUGUGGAUCAUAGUGGUGUAGCUUAAACAGGCGUGUGUGUGUGUGUGUGUGUGUGUGUGUGUGUGUGUGCGUGCGUGUGCGCGUGCGUGUGUGCAAUGGCUUUCAUUGAAUUCAUCUUUGGGGUUUUAUAAUAAGAAGUGACCUUUUCAAAUGCAUUAUUUUUAUCUGUACCUCUGUUUGCUUGAGUCACAUCAUUACC